AAGCUUCUCGAAAAACCGUCGAAGUGCAUGGUUAUCUGGAAAAUCGUGCCACCGUUUCCUCCGAAUUUUUGAUUGUGAUCGCUUGCGGAGAGUGCGAAGAUGCUUCUCGUUUGGGCUUUAAUUUCAUUUGAAGUCGUGCAUCGCGUUCUUUCGGCUCUUCCCGACGAUGAAGUGAUGAAGCUGUGGACUGAUGGGAUUGACAACGACCUCCAGCAUGUUUUCUACGAAGCCACCGGUGUUGCUUAUUUGGAUUCCGAUCUGGGAUUGUCAGAGAAUUGGAUUCGUGGAGUUGACGAAGCUCUCGUCAUGAACCAAGUUGCCGCGAACGCCAAGGAAAUCUUUCGAAAGCGUCUGAAAUCGCUCGAGAAUCUGGCCAAACAAGCCGAAGAAGCCGCUCAAAGUGCUGGCAAGCGCCGUCCGAACAAAAAGUCCAAAAAACCUCUCAAAUACAAUAAGAUGAUAACGCCGCAUCUGACGAAUGACAUCGAUUGCGAUAUUAGUUCUUGGCCGGGAUCAGAGCAAUUCUGCAGGAAUUUCUCAACUAUCCACUUCCCGGUUGAGCUUUACGCUAAUGACAAGAGAGUCAAGGACGUCGUCGCGUGGACCAAACCUUUGGACGAGGUUUUCAAGGAGAACUUCGACGAAGAUCCAUCCCUGAAAUGGCAAUAUUUUGCCGGUAAAGACGGAGUUUACCGACGAUACCCCGGUUCUAAUUGGCCGACGAAGAAAACAAGGAAUCACGAAAUGUUUGACGUGAGAAAGCAAACCUUUUAUGAGCGAACCGUUGCUUCGCCGAAGGACGUGGUCAUUCUGGUUGAUGUGAGCGGGAGCAUGCAAGGCCACGUUCUUCAGAUAACUAAGCUGGCCAUAAAGAUGUUGCUGAAUUCGUUGACGGAAGAUGACUACUUCGGAGUCGUGAAGUUUUCCGCGACCCCGGAAACAGUCGGAUGUUGGGGCGAGUCCUUAAUUCCGGCCACGACCCCGUACAAACGGGCCAUGUUCGAGGAAAUCGACAAUUUGACCACGUUUGGCCAGGCUGACCUUGGUCGUGCUGUGGAGUUCUCGUGCGAACUCAUUCGUCAAUUUCAAAACUCUAGACAGUCGGAAGAAGGAGCUCAGUGUCACAAGACUGUCAUGUUGUUCACCGAUGGCGGAGUCGAGUGGCCACAGAGGGCAGCUGUGAAGUGCAACCAGAUUGGAGUCCGUCUUUUCACCUAUGCCAUGGGCAACAAUCCGACCCCGAUCGUACCUGUCAAGCGUUUGGCCUGUGAAACCCAGGGAUUCUUCACUGCCGUGCAUGGCAUGAGUGCUAUCCGUCCCAAGAUCAUCGACUCCUACUUGCCUGUGCUGAGUCGUCCGAAGGCCAUGUCGAGAGCGAACUCUUUUCCCGAAGAUGUUUCAUGGACUGCGGGGUUUAGCGACCCAGGCCCUCUGCGGGAUUCUGGGGGUUAUUUGGUGGAGAUUUCUCAGGGUCUCGGGUAUGCGAUUGCGAUGACCGUCUCUGUGUACAACUCGACUGAGUAUGACGGAAAAGAAGUACAAGAACUGGUUGGUGUGGUUGGCAUCGACGUGCCUUGGCAGGAAUUGCUGGAAAACGUGAUUCCGCAAAAGAUUAAUGCUAUGAACUACUUUUUUGCUGUGGACCAAAACGGAAUCGUUGUGUAUCAUCCGAAUUUGCCCGAACAACUGCCCUUGGAACAGGAGCCGCCGAAUUUGGACUUUUUACAGUUCGUCGGGGAAACUACGAGGACGGUGACGGCGAGGCGAAAAUUGAUCAAUGCUGGAGCUGCUGCUGUUAUGAACCAUCUUGACUCGACUCUGACUCUAGGCGAUCGAUACUUGCUGACUGGCACUUAUUCCGUCACGUAUGUUGCUUUGGAGCCGUCUCCGUACAAACUGGCUCUGGUGAGCCUGGGUUUCCCACGAAUGGUGGAAAUAACGGAGGGAUACACGCCGAAGGAAAUGCUGAAGAAACUGGGCAACGACGGACAGACUGGAGUACGUCUGGCCCCGUGGCAGUACUGCGGCACGGCGGAAUCUGGUUUGCAGAAUGCGCAGCGAACUGCUACAGAUUUGGCAACACUGCGCACACUGGUGGCAAGCUCUGCUGCUGAUGACAAUCCCUGCGAGACUCCGAUUGCCAGGCAACUCAUGUUUGAUCUGCUCAAAACGGAGAAGCUAGCCACUUCGUUUUGGACCAACAAGGCGAAUAACGAAGACACCAUUGCCAUGAAGUUUAUCUCGACUGUUGGCGGGCUGACGAGAUUCGCGCCUGUCAACCGCGCUGAGGACUUGAGGGUUGCUGCCGAUCCGGCGAAGAACGACUUUUUGUGGAGAGGAAUCAUGCAUAAGGGGCUUUUGUCUGUGGACUUGACGGGCAAAGGGAAUGAGAUUGAGCGAAAGAGAAAUAAGAAGCCGUCGACGAUUACUUUUUUUAAAGGCGUCACUUUCCAAAGAGGAUCCAUCACGUAUCCGUAUGCUGUUGUUGGAGUGGAUUUUGCGGAUCAUUUCAUCCAAGACGUGUUUCUGAAAGCGGCGUCAAAUUUACCGGGAUCCCGUGGAGGCAAUGCUUUGGAUGAAGUUUCCACGUGUGUAAAGAACGGGCCGUUGGAUUGUUUUUUGCUGGAUGACGCGGGAUCGAUCGUAGCCAGCAACCAGGAUAGGUCGAAUAUCCGAGUGGGCGGAUUUUAUGGGACAAUUGAUCCGCUUGGAUUCCAUAAACUGUUGGAGUACGAGGUCUACUUUUCCAAGGAAUUUUUUGACUACCAGGGCAAGUGUUCGAAGCGCACUGACGCUGUUGGAGCUACUUGGAAAUUGAUCAGCCCAGUGGAAGUGGUUUUCAACGUCGUCCAGGGCUUCUUCUCAGUCGGCUUUUGGAACUCUUUAAAACUAGGAGUUUACAGCUGGACGUUCCCUGACGUUGAGUCAGCCACGAUGGAUCGUUCUGACGAUGACCCUGGCCCUGUGAGGCACGACGACGAACACUCUUGCAUCACGCGGGAAGUGCGCUAUUGGUUGAACCCGGAAGAAGGUACUUCCAUGUUGGACUUGGUGGACAUUGGGUUGGGAGAGGAGGAGGACGGAAGUGGCUGGACUGUGGGUUGUGAGAACUGCACCAGGGGCCUGAAGGCCAUGAAACUGCCCAACAGCAGGCUAGUGCUUGUCGUUGCUGAAGCCUUGUGUGAAUGUGAAGCUGCGGAACCUCGGGUUGAACACUGGAUACCUAAACCAGCAAGUGGACAUCCCAUGUGUCAGAGGAAGCACCAAUACAGGAAAAGGAUUCAUCAUUGCUACAAUGAGCAUCCAAGUGAAACUGGCCCCUGCACAGGAUCAGGCAGCAGCAGACCAGGCGUGCACAUUUUGGCAGCAGUCUUAGCCAUGGGUCUCCUGUUUGGCAGACCUUGAGGAGAAAGGAAGCGGUGGGAAAAGAACAUUUCUGUGUACUUGAAUUACUAUGUCGUGGUUUUGUGCCAAAACGUGCCACUUUUUGAAUGUGAUGAUCCAUGUCACCCGAUCCGCUUCCCUUGUUUUGGUUGUUAAUCUGUUUUGAAACUACGAGGACGCCUUUUGUUGCACGAUUUUAUUUUCUCCUGAGUUGCUCAAAGUGUGAGGCUUGUGAAUCUUUGCUGAGUGUAGGAGGUGGGUCACUGAAACAGGCUUUCUUGACAGACGCAUUCAACUGCAAAAAAUGUUAGCCUCUUGGUGACAAUUCCAUGUUUGGCUCAGGUGCUCAAAUUUACCAGGAAGCUCAAUUUAUCAAAAUUGGAAAUACGAGGAUUAAAGUCGGGAGAGAUUCAGAUGAAAACCUGUUGAGUGACCGACGCUGCUAGCUUUUGUCACACCUCAUGUCCAUUCGCACGAAAUGAUCGAACAAUAUGAGGAGCGUUUCAAUCAAUUUUUCAUGUGGUAUAGAUUUUAACUUGAAAAGUCGUGAUCCCUAGGUGUGGUUGGGAAUGCGUUACUUGAUUUCAAGUUCUAAAUUUUCGUUGGGACGCAAGCAAGAGUGGUUCCAAACUUAUGGAAAGGUCAUUUAGUUGGUAAAUCUUGCUUGAAGUUAAGAUUUUUCACCUUGGCUAAGAGAUGAAGUGCGUGAACAAACAAUAUCAGUCCAUCAUUUACGAACUAUUCUCGAACUUGAAAAUUUUUUCUUUGAUUCAGGAAAGAAUUUGUCUUGUUCCUGUGUUUUGCGUGGGUGCGGGUUUUUAUUCCACAAUCGUAUACUUCAUCCCCCUGGGAUCAACAAUAAUUUGAGUUUUCCCUUUGGUUGCUUUGACGACAACUUUUUCGGAUGCUAGUCACUUGUUUUUCAAUUUAAAGCCCCUGAAUAGCCAUCGAAAAUUACAGGUUUAUGUGUUGGCAACGCGCUGUUGGCGCUACUGUAUUUUCUAAUUUUAUUGAAGUGAGCAUUCGGGGUCUAGGGUUAAAUCCGACUUCAAUUGUAUUUCUUCUAUGAUGACAGUAUGUGAUGAGUGAUCUUCAUAUUAAUGUCAAAGCAUUGCUCAAACUGCAUGAUGACGAAACUGUUGCAACAGUUUUAGAAUCAGAAAAUACUUGGAGGUUGAGAUAUUUCUUUGAAAAAUACAGUGGACCCUCAGUCAACAAAUUCAAUUGGUUCCAGACAAAAGUUUGAUAACCAUAAUUCGAUUUUUCCAUAGGCUUUGAUGAGGAAGAAUUGAAUCCAUUCUGUGAAACCAAAAGACAAUCAAACGUAGAAUAUGAUUAAAUGUAAGGCCAUAAACUAUAAUCAAAAUAAGUUAAUAUUGCAUCUUCUGUGAGCCCAGAAUGUUCUUGCAGUGUAAUAUUGGAGUACCAUUGAAAACAUAGAUAAAAAAGCUUCACAUUCAGGGAAACACACACUGUAGGGUACAUGUCCAGUGAAAAUGAAAUUUUUUCAAAGCUAUAAUUCGAACCUAAAAAAGAAGACCUUUCUAACAAUUGCACAACUACAGAAAAGCAAACAGUUCUGUUAGAGAAAAUGAUAAAUUAAUAAUUUAGCUGAAACAUAGUUCAAAAUACACAUAUUAGAGUGCCAGAAGGGAAGUACUUUCAAAUUAAUGCAUAAUUAAAUUAUUUGUGCUUAUAGAUUGUACCAUAAAUAUGUCAGCCUCAAAAUAAAAUUUUGAAUUUCACAAUUAGGUUUUGAACAAGAAUUUUUCCUCAACACCAGAAGUUUGUUAACUGAGGGUUCCUAAUGAUUGUUUCAAGGUCAUAAAAGCCCCCCCUUUUUUUUAGCGCGUUGCCAAUAGGAAAGUAAGCUUUGGUCCAAUUUUUUUGUGGAUUUUAUGGGAAAUCGUCAUUUCCUCAGCUUGCGGAUGGUUGAUCAACAGUGCAGUAUAACUAUUGGUUCAAGUUACCAAAUUGAGGUGGGUUGGGGGAACUGCAGAAAUUCCCUUUUUGUUUUGUUUUUUUUUGAAUAUGGCAUGAAUGCGGGAGUGGCUGAAGCGCUUUAUUUCCAGCGGUCGGUUUCGAAACUCCUGGUACUCAAGGUUGUUGGAAGAGAUGAGGUAGUCUUUCAGCAAUAUUUUGAGCAAAGGAGGUUUUAGGAGGGGGACGCGGGAAAAACGAAUCAAUCCAAUGUACUGUAUAACGUUCCUUUUUCCCCUGUUGAAACCCCCACACCGAACCGGAUGUUUGGCGCAUGCGUGGCAACCAGAUUGAAUGCUUUGCUAUGUUUUCUACAAAAUUCCUUUUUCUACGAAUCGUACAAGUCGGCGUGCUGUAGGGCUUAGGUGUUUCCCUGCGUUUGUAGGACGAAGAAAACCUGCGCUGUAGCUCAAGUGUUUGCCAAUUAUCCUUGUAGUUGGUUAAUUUAUUGGUUUGUUUUCUUUUUUGAAAGAGAGAGAGAGAAUGUGCUGUGGGUGUGCCAAAAGGACAAAAAGAGAGUAUGUGGGGCUUCUGGUUUCCCUGACGCAUUCUUCCAGGGUUGGAGGAAGGGGAGGGCUACCGAAACCAUUCCAAGGUAUCUUCAUCCUUGCUGGAAUUGAAUCAGUUCUUAGUGAUGGUCUCUUGACUGAUUGUUCGCGAUUGAUUCAUUCACAUUCCUAUAAACCGAAUUUUUUUCAAAA